CUCGCCGACGGAUCCGAUGGCUCACCAACAGCAGAUAAAAGACUUGAAAACCCGCCUCGCGAGAUACAACAGGAACGAGAAGCUCAGAGACGACGAUGGCAAGAACGACCGCAGAUACUUCAAGGCCAUCCUCAAAGACGCUUGCGCCGUUGUCCGCAGGGCUCAGGCAGGCGGUUCUGCAGAUCUCGCUGAAAUCGUGUCCAGCGUGAGCGAGAUUCUCAAUGAGGCCAUCGAUGCUGCGUACGGCGACCUCGACCUAUACGAUUUCAUGCCGUCCUUUGCUCACGCGGACGAUGCCUCGCUCGUUGAGGAGCAAGGGGAGGGCAGGUUUUUGUCUGCGUUUGCUCUCGAAGGGCUGCUGCCCAUCCUCAGACGGAUGGGUGUCGACCCCGACAGCGGUACGUCCACGUCCUCCCAGCUCGCUGAUCACCCAAUCAAACCCCUCCGCACAGACAAACUGACAGCGAAAGAAAAGGCGAUGUUCCGCGGCCCCCAGGCCUGGACCCCGGCCAACAAGCGCCAUCCGCUCUCCACGCCGCUCGCGCGGUUCACAUCGCACACCGCCCUUACCCCGACCUCAUCUACACCCCUCGCGAACAUCAUCUACCAGGCGCGCUGCGAGGUUACAAGCGACAGCGUCCCCUCUCCUAUCGGCCUUUCCUUGUCCGCCGGCAACACCUGCCUGGCGCUCAACAUGGCGGGCGGGUACAAGAACCGCGACCCGGUGCUGAACCUGUACCUGCUCAACGACAAUACGGACUUCCCCGACGCGCACACGGUGUACCCGAAACUGUCGGAGGUCGCGCGCGAGGUCUUCGCGGAUGAGGAGCGCAAGCUCGUCUGGCUGGCCGACUCGCGGCGGGUCAAGUCCUUCUCCUGGGUUCCUGGAGAGCAGCAGCGCCGGUCCAGGUCGAAGGGCGGGGUGCCGAUGCACACGCUUGCGUCGGGCGGGUUCGACGGCCCGCUCGCGGUGCUGGCGAAUGGGACUGUCGUCCGCGCGGGCAAGGGCUCUGCGGCGAUGUGGAAGGUUGAUGAGCUUGACACGCACCUCGAGAACGAGUUGAUCGGCGAGGGCACUCUCGACAUAGAGGAUUCGUGGCGCGACGACCCCGACGAGAUUGAGUUGUCCAGCGGCAACGAGCGCCACUCGACCAUCGAGUUUACCGGCGUUAAGGACAAGAACCUCAAGCCGAGCGUGUGGACGCAAGUCGCACCGGGGUCGAGCACCGUCCUGAGCGCCACGGGCGAGCCGCACGAGACGAGCGAUUACUCGGUGUUCGAGCUGGAUCUUGCAGAGGGGAAGGUCGGGAAACGGUAUCUUGGGCACGGCGGGAUUGUCAUGGACUUCUCGGUCAGUGCGGGGGACCCGAACGUUUUUCUGACGGCGUGUACGGACGGGUACGCGCGGCUAUAUGAUCGGCGCGAGACCUUGCCUGUUGUGACGUUUGACGUAGGCGCGCUGAGUGGGUUUUGUCCUGCCGGCUUGAUCGUCCAUCCAGAUGGGAUUCCAACUGCCAUCACCGGCGCACUCAAGCAGGAAGAAAUCAAAGUCUGGGACGUCCGCGCGCGGGCGGCUGUCUACGAGCUCGCCACGGGCAACAACGGAGUCACUUCCCUCGCGUGGGAUAGCCAACGAUCUGCACUGUAUGCCGCGACGGAGUGCAACUACGUUGAUCGCCUGGGUUAUCACCACGACUACCGGCCGGCGAAGCUGCCUAAGCGACAGCGAGCGGAGGAUGUUAUGGAUGAGGACGGGGAUGAGGACGAGGACGAGGACGACGAAGAAGACUUCGACGACGAAUGCGACCAGUGCUGGCCGUCGAGGGCAUGGCACAAGGAAGAUUACUUUGGCUACACGUUCGACGCGGGUGAUCAUCGGAUCUACCGGUUUGCAUUUAAGGAGAAUCCGGACCUCGACUUUGUUCCAUGUUACGGGGAUGCUACGCGCGAGCGAGAGGGCUUUGGGUGUUGAUUGAAGGUGUUGCAGGGGUAUGAAUUUGUAAGAAUAUGCGCCUGGGGAGACACUGCUUCCACUUCUAGCGGGGAGUAUUGUGACUAUGCUUAUAUGCCCCACUCCGUGUAGUAGCGUGUAAUUUGUGUAAGAGGUAGUCGUGGUAGUACGCACUGUAUUAUGUGCUUAGACAGGCAUAAGACCAUAGCCAUAGAUUGUGGCAACGGG